AUGUCUUCCGAAGACAAAGAUUUCAAAGGACGGUGUAUGUACUGCAACACCGACGUCGGUCGCGACAAAGUCAAGACAUGCGGUCGCUGCCGACUAGUACGUUACUGCUCGAAGGAAUGUCAGGUCGCGUCGUGGAAGACCCACAAACUGCGAUGCAACCCAAAUUUACGAGAGAGCCUAGCAAGUGACCCUGCCAGUAACGCCCUCAACACAGCCCUUUCCAAAUGGAUCAAUAACUGGAGGGACGAACUUCAUAAUUGGGCGAUAUGGGCAAUGGAUCUUGCAAACAGUCCACAAGACCGACUUGCUACGCAUUGCUUUGUGAUCGAGAUUGCGCGUCGACCGAAUCCCCCGAGCGCUUCCCAGUUCUUCCGAAUGCAUGGAGGAGGUGUCGAGACUCGAGCAAGUUUCAUCGCGCGCUUGGAAGAAAUAAACGAGGCCAGCGAGGAGACCGUUGCAUGUGUCAAUGAGCGCCGAGGCACCGACACCGCUCAAAUUAUUAUCCUCUGUGAGGAUUUGAUUCGAUUUUUAUGGUUCUCUCUCCGCGAUGGCGGUGCAUCCUUGCGGAAUCGCGACCGCGCCAUGUCCAAGGCACUUGCGGAAAAUUGGCAACAAGGCAUGAUUGGCGCAAUCGAAACAGGCCGCCCCCGAGCAUCUAAGACUCAUCUAAACAGAGCCGCAAUCAAGGUCAUCGGGCCACCUCCCAUAUGA